AUGAGGCUCUAUGAUGAAUUCAAAGAGAUAUUAAAGAUUCAGAAACUUCGAAGAUCUGUAUCUUUUGCUGGGUUCUACGGCUUCACCACGCUUAUCAUCUAUGCUUAUGUUAACAAUACAACUAGAGCUGGGUAUUCUAGAGCUGAUCAAUACUAUGCAUCAUACCCAGCUGGUACCGAGCUUUUAACCGACACUACCAAGCUAUACAAAGCUGCUCUUGGAAACUGCUUUGAAUCUGAAGAGUGGGGCUCAUUUGAGUUUUGUGUCAUGCAAAAACACUUUGAGCGUCAAGGGAAGUCACCAUAUGCAUAUCAUGCUCAAUACAUGGCACACCUCCUUUCUCAUGGACAGGUUGAUGGAAGCGGGUAA